ACAACCUAAACAUCAUCCUCAGUACCUCAGUGUCACAUGGAUGUCUUUCUAACUCAAUUCCUCCUAACCUUCACAUAUAUCAUAACUAGUAGCGAUUCUAUAGACCGCUGGGGCCCCCUACCAAAGAUUCCCAGGGGGAUCAUCUAAACAGAUCAUCACCAUUAUGUUAUAAACAUAAAAUGAAGAUAAUGAAAAAUAUGUGAAUUAGAUGUUUUUCAUAGUUAGAGUGUUUACAUUUACAAAAAUAAAUAACAUUAAAAACCAUAACAAUAAAACACAAAAUAACAAAAUAACAUCAAUGCUGUCAAGGUUGUAAAUGCCACAUUAAAGGCCAGUGCUGAUUAACACAUGAAGACUGAUUUCACAAAUGCUGUUUAUAGAACCUGGUCACUGUAAAUUCUGUCCCUGUGUCCUUAUGUGCUGCACAUCUUAACUUAUGUGUAAUAUACCUUAUAAAACAGUUCAAGGAGCCCUCAGUUCACGUGUAACCUAUAUCUGAAGUCAUAAAUUGAUAAAUGACUGCAAUGAGGAAGCAAACAGAAUAUAAAAGCCACAGUUCUUUACACUGUUUCACAUAACAUCCUGACCCAAGAUUCAAGGCUCUUGUAGUAUUCGCAGUGUGUUUGCCUUUGUAUAAGAUGGUGCUGUUGCUUCUACUGGGGUUGCUGACAGUGUGUGCUGCCACUCCCCGAGAUCUAUCAGGUAAAAUGUUCACCUUCCCACAAGAAACCAACACGGCUCAUGUGAGGCUGACUACAUCACGACAGGAUUUAAGGGCUGUCACCGUGUGUUUCAGGUCCUUUACAGAGCUCCAGAGAGACCACAGCUUUUUCUCUUUGGCCACACCCUCUGCUGCCAAUGACUUCCUGAUAUAUAAAACAGCAGCAGAUGAUGGGUUUCAUAUGAAUGCCAGAAAUAAUUUUAAAUUUUUUGGAGGACAGAACUACAAACUCAACACGUGGGUCUCAAUUUGCUCCACAUGGGAUGCUGCAUCUGGACUGAUGCAGCUGUGGAUAGAUGGAAAACCCUCUAGUAGGAUAUUCGUCAGCUCUGGAUCCAACAUCAACGGGCCCAUUAUAAUUGUUUUGGGACAGGACCAGGACAACCACGGUGGUGGAUUUAACGCAAAACAGUCUUUUGUUGGCAUGAUGUCUGAUGUCCACAUGUGGGACUACGUCAUUUCACUCCAUGAGAUCCAGAUCUACGCACAUCGGUUUGUAGGAUUCACUCCGGGGAACGUGCUCAACUGGAGGGAGCUGGAGUUCCAGACCGUCGGAAGGGUGCUGAUAGAAGACGAACAGUGGUCAAUCACUUAACUUUUGAAACAAAACUUUUCAGUCUUUUAUCUGUUCUCGUAAGAUGAUUGCAAAAAAAAUUGUUUUGUUUUUACAUUUUGUAAGUAUGAAAUUUGUGAAUAACA